UGUAAUGUUCUGUGCUUGAAAAUCUAAUAAUAAUACACCGUUAGAGAGAGCUGUAAACAAUAAGGAAAAAAAACCAUUUCAUAUUUUUACACCAUCUUAAAAAAAUUUUUGUUUUAUAUCUCCUCGAACAACUAUAAUCCUUUAAUCAUGGGGGUUCCUAAAUUUUUCAGAUACAUUAGUGAAAGAUACCCUUGUCUGAGUGAAUUUGUGAAAGAACAUCAGAUUCCUGAAUUCGAUAAUUUAUAUUUGGACAUGAACGGCAUUAUCCAUAACUGUUCACAUCCGGAUGAUGGAAAUGCACAUUUUCGUAUUACGGAGGAGAAAAUUUUUGCUGAUAUCUUUCAUUAUAUUGAAGCACUUUUUCGAAUGAUAAAACCCCUUAAAAUUUUUUUCAUGGCAGUUGAUGGGGUAGCACCAAGGGCCAAAAUGAACCAGCAAAGAGGAAGGAGAUUCAGAUCAGCAAAGGAAGCUCAAAAACUGGAAGAUGAGGCUAUUAAAAGAGGAGAAACUUUACCCCCAGAGUCCAGAUUUGAUUCUAAUUGCAUAACACCUGGAACUGAGUUCAUGGCUAGAUUACAUGAGCAGUUGAAAUAUUUUGUUGUUAAGAAAAUUUCAGAAGAUCCAUUAUGGCAAAGAUGUAAAAUUAUUUAUUCUGGGCAUGAGACUCCAGGAGAAGGUGAACAUAAAAUAAUGGAUUAUAUAAGGUACUCGAGAUCUCAACCAGAAUAUGACCCAAAUACAAGGCAUUGCUUAUAUGGUUUAGAUGCUGAUUUGAUUAUGUUGGGUCUUUGUACACAUGAUCCUCAUUUUUCACUGCUUAGAGAGGAGGUGAAAUUUGGUAGAAAAUCUUCAAAGAAAACCGCUGUCCCAGAGGAAAUAAGAUUUGCUUUAUUACAUUUAUCUUUAAUGAGAGAAUACCUUGAAUUGGAAUUUAGUUCUCUGAAGAAAACAUUGAAAAAAUUUGAAUUUAAUAUAGAAAAAAUAAUUGAUGAUUGGGUACUUAUGGGAUUUUUAGUUGGAAACGAUUUCAUACCUAAUUUACCAAAUUUGCACAUUGCUGAUGGAGCUUUACCAGUUUUAUAUAAGGCCUACAUGGAUAUUUUACCUGAAUUAGAUGGAUAUAUCAAUGAGGAAGGCAUCUUAAACUUGGAGAGAUUUGAAAUAUUUAUGACGAAAUUAGGUGAAAUAGAUGUUCAGAAUUUUGAAGAGGUGAAAGAUGAUUUAUUUUACUUCAGGCAGAAAACGGGACGUAAAAUGCAACCUUUUCUCAAAAAUAAUACUAAGCUGAAAAAUAUGGAAGAGUGGAAGCCUGAAAAUGACGAGGAGGACAUAAAUCCUAAGUUACUUGAACCUUUAGAAGAUAAUGCACCAAGAGAUUCUGGUUUGAAUGAUUUAAUAGCGAGAACUGUAGCCGAAGUAAGUAUUUUUUGUCAAUAUUUAAUUUUGUUUGAAUUAAUCGUUAACCAUUUGCAGUAUGACGACGAUGAUGAUGAAGAUGAAGAAAUAAUAUCAUCUGAAUGUGAUGAAACAGAUGAAAUUGAAUUUGAAAAUUAUAAAAGAUCUUACUAUAUGAAUAAACUGGAAUAUGAAAAGGUGACCCCAGAGGUUAUGAAAUCUCAAGCAGAAGGCUAUGUGAGGGCAAUUCAAUGGAAUCUCCACUAUUAUUACAACGGAGUAUGCUCCUGGUCAUGGUAUUACCCGCAUCAUUAUGCUCCAUACAUUUCUGAUAUAAAAAACUUUAAAAAUUUGAAAUUGGAGUAUGAUUUGGGAAAACCAUUUAUGCCAUAUGAACAGCUUCUGGCAGUACUACCGGCAGCAAGUAAGGAACUCUUGCCGUCAUGCUAUCAGGAUCUCAUGGUUAAUGAAUCGUCCCCAAUAAUAAGGUAUUAUCCAGAAAAGUUUGACACAGAUUUGAAUGGGAAAAAGCAAGAAUGGGAAGCCGUGGUUCUAGUUCCAUUUAUAGAUGAGAAUAUUUUACUUGAAGCUAUGAAGACCUGUGAUGAUAAACUAAGUGUUAGCGAGGCUGAAAGGAAUCGACACGGUCCAAUGUUAUGCUACACAUAUACACCAGAAAACCUCGGAAUGUAUGAGGCCCCUAUGUAUUUCCCAAAUAUUUCUUACAAUCAUGCAAAUCUCCAACCAAUUACUAUUGAUGAGAUCCGUGUACCAAUAGAAAAAUUGGUGAAAGGUGCCUAUCCAGGAGUACUUAUGGAUGUCUAUUAUCCAGGAUUUCCAACUUUGAAACAUCUGGAGCACCAGGGUCAACUUGAAAAGGCUAAGGUAAAUGUUUUUGGUCAACCUAGUCGAGGAGAAAACAUGAUUAUAAGGAUAAUUCCUAAUGAAAGAGUUCUUGAUGCUGAACUACCUAUCAAUCUACUGAAUAAAACAGUUUAUGUUGGAUAUCCUCAUUUAACUGAAGCAAAGGUUUUGUCAAUUUGCAAUGCCAAACAAAAAUAUACUUAUGUAGGAAAAGAUGAAGAACCGAUAGAGGAGUCGACACCUACAAAUUUCAAACGAGAAGUAACAGAUGUUACAGAAACGUACAAGAGUAGACUAGGUAUUGAAUUUGGAAAGGUAUUAGUUUUAGUAAAUGUCCGUAGAGUUAUUGGUCAAAGAUAUAUAUUUACAUCGACCGGAAGAAUUGAAUUGGAGAAGAUGUUCUAUACAGAUGAUGCAUAUUAUCCUCUUCAACUUAUUAUCGACAACAUUAAGGUUUAUUCAUCUGAACAUAAACAAUUCUCUACUUUAGACGAAUUAUACCCUGAGGGCAGCACAUGCUUUACUCUAACAAAAGAUGAACAUUAUGGAUGCAAAGGUUUUGUGGUCAAGAACCCUGAAAAACCUGAAGGUAAAGUAACUGUUAGUUUGAGGAUUUCUAGUGAACCUGAUUUCACAAAAGCAAUCUACUUAUCUAAAAAUACUGAAUGCCAAUAUAGAUCCUUGUACUUCGCAGCGACACAGUGUAGCAUGUCAAAUUUCAUUUUCUCGCGUAUCACAGGAAGUUUGUAUGCUUCUGCUAGAAAUAAAGAAGGCGGAUUGAAAACAGUUAAUUUAGGACUAGACCUGAAAUUACAAAGAAAAAACUUGGAAACACCUGGAUACACAAAGAGAAUAGAUGGAACAUGGUAUUAUACAGAUGCUACAAUACAAGCUGUUUGCGAAUAUGCAAAUGCUUUUCAAGAGAUCUUCGAAUAUAUGCUAAACAAUGGAUAUCAAAAAUGUGAUUCAACAUCUGUGGAGGAUAUAUUUCCUGAGAAUAGUGAUGAAAAAGUGAAGGAAGCUUUAGCUUGGUUAAAAGCUCAACCAUUCCAUAGUGUUGAGAAAAAAGUGUGUAAUUCACCUUUUCUGGAUAAGGAUGUAAUUGAAGAAAUUGAGAAAAUAGUUAACACUUUUACCCCAACUUUAUCUAGCGAAUGUUUCGUUGACUGCGAUGCAGAAUUACUUUAUAAGGAGGAGCUUUCCUUUGGCAAUCUUUUACCUGAUCCAAGUGUUAAUGUUGAAUUAUUUGACCGAAUAAUCAGUAUAAGGGAAAAUCACAUAGUUCCUUUCGGAUUGAAAGGUACUAUUAUAGGUAUCUCCAGACCAUCUUCUGAUUCUAGUGAAAAUAUGUAUGAUGUUCUAUUCGAUGAAAAAUUUGAAGGAGGUAUGCAAUUAAACUGUUCGAUGGGACGAGGCUACAGAUUACCUUUAAAUGCUUUCAUCAAUAUAUCAUACGGGGAGAGAUCAUAUUACCCACCGUUAAAGAAAAGAGGAAAUAAAACUAAUCAAAAUCGAACACCCAAGGAAGAAAAUGUGAAAAAAAAUAAUAAACAAUCCAAUAGGAAUGUUUGUAAUGAAAAAGGUCAGAAUUCAGCUUUUGCUAAAUUCAGUAACAGUCCACAAUCUUCCAAAGAUUAUCAUGCGGUUCCACCUUUCAUGCCGAAUGGGGAGUCGAUAUACAAAUUACAUGGUUAUCAAAAUAAACAUCAGCAGUAUCCACAAUCCAAACCCAAUUAUAACUCAAGUCCUGAUCAAAGGAGAACAUCCGGAACUCCAAAAUCAAAGAAACAAAAAGGUCAGGAAUGGCGACAGACAGAUUCAUCUGAGCAGGUACAACCAAGUUACCAAAUUUACAAAAAAGAUAAGAAUCAAACAGUUGGUCUUCCUAGUCAUCUUAAUAAGAAUGGAGCAAGUGAUAAGAAAUCUGAUGUGCAAAUGAAACCUCAUUUCAUGCCGGAUUUCAAAAAAACAACCGCAGAGAACCCAAUAGAAGAAACUACAGACGCUUUGAAGAAGCUUCUGAAAAUAGGCACAGAUGAAAACAAGAAAAACGUUACUAAAAAUAAUUUUUCGUCAAAUUUAAACUCUGUAUCAUCACACCAAAAUGCCAGCAGUCUUCCCAAUCCACAAUCACUUCCGUCAGUUCAGUUACUUACAUAUUAUCAAUCUAAAGGUCUCGGUUUGCCAAGAUAUCAAUAUUUCCAAAGUAAUGAGGGCAUACAAGCUGUUAUCAGAUUGCCAAAUCGUCAAAAUAUAAUAGGUUCUUACUCUGAAUCUAAAGUAGAAGCUAGUGAAAUGGUUGCAGAGAAAGCGCUGAAAGUACUUCAUGCAAAUGAUGGUCAAGAUUGCCAUAAUACAGCAGUGCCCCAAAGUUUUCCAACACCACCAAAACAAUGGUGGAGUACAGAAAAAAGUGUACAUUCAAAAAAUCAAUCUCCUCCCAAAGUUUCGACCAGUAAAAAUUGGAAAGAUUUUAUACCACUGCAAGUUGUUAAAAAAGAAAUAGCAAAUUCCAGCGGCUACUCUUUUCAAUCGGUGAAAACUUCAAGAGGAGAAAAUGAAAAUAAGUGCCCAGUCCCAAAUCAAAAACCCGAAAAUUCAUCGAAUCAGGUUAUACAAGAUAAUGUUAAAAAAGAACAAAAACCGAGAAAACAGAGAAAAAUGAGAAUUGCCGCUAAUUUUGGACAAAAUCCAUGAAUUUUUAUUUAUUGCAACUAAAUGUAAAUACCUAUUUUCUUUAAAAAAAAACUGAUCCAUGUAGGAAACAUACUAUAGUGUUAUUGAAUAUUUUUGUUUUUAUAAUACAAGUUUGUUUCUGCAGAGUUGUUUAACGUAAAUGUUACCUAAUUGUCAACCUUCAGAAGACUUCUACAAAGCUUUUUGUUCUACAGAAUUGGAAAAUUCCGGGCUUUUUAGCCGUGGUCUAGUGGGGUUUUCAACUGACGUUUCGCUUACUAUGGGGUGAACAUCUUCACAGGUUUCUAGGUUUUAAUCCAACUCGAGUUACAAUCUACAACCUAAAAACCUCUGAAGAUGCUCACCACAGUAAUAAGCCAAACGUCGGAUAGAAAACUUACUGGGGUAAGCAUCUUCAGAGGUUUCUAUAGCGUAGAUUGUAACUCAAUCUGUAUUACAAUCUACAACCCAGAAACCUCUGAAGAUGCUUACCGCAGUGGUAAGCAAAACGUCAGGUAAAAAACUGAUUAGACCAAGAUUGAAAAGCUUGGAAUUUACCAAUAUCAUAAACUAAUGAUCAAUUCAAAGAUUCUUCAAAAAAAAAAAUUGAAUUUAUUUUAGUUUGAAACCAAAUAUUCCUAAUAACACUAAGUAUGAUAUUCAAAACUAUCCAGAAAAAAUGUAAAUAUCCCAGUGACAUAUUCUGAAUCUAGAUUUAUAAUUUAAUUUGUGUGACAAUUUAUUGAAUAAAAUCUUUUAUAGGUGUAAAA